UUGAGGUGUUAUUAGUCUAACAAAUCAGUGACCCUCUCUGUAAUUUCACUUCAACAAAAUAAUGAUUAGCCGUCUACAUGAAAUGGUAGUAUAUAACACCUAAGGCUCUUCGCAUACGUACUUACGCUCACACAGAUCUAUUCAUCUACUAUACAUAAAUUCAAAUCUAAUUUUCAAAAGCAGAUCGAUUAAAGGUGGACAUCUAAUCCAUUCGGCAGUGAAGAAUUGGAAUUCACACGUUUAUCUUAACUCGGUAGUUGUUUGGAAGGAAAAAAACUUUUACACUUGCCGAUCUUCUUCAGUAUUCUCUCAUUCGAAACAAAUUUCAGGGAAUGCCGAAAGAUGGACAGACAGUCUUUCUCUGAGGUUGAUGAGAUUGAAGCUCCAUACGAGCUUCCCUCCUUUACCUUUGAUGAGAUAGGACAGAUAACAUACAAAUCUCUCCACUUGUUCAAUCAAAUUCCUAGCAUAGGUAACUAUAAUAUGGGACAAACUGUUUCAUAUCACGACCUCUGUGAAGAUGGUUGAGUUACUGCAUUCCUGAGUAUCAAUUCCUCCAACUGUUUGCGGGGGCAAUAGAGAAAUAGCUUUCUCCUAUUAUGGUAGAUCUGAAGAUGGAAAACAAAGGAAGUGUGUUAAUGCAAAGAUAUGAGUUGGGAAAAUUGCUUGGACAAGGCACCUUUGCCAAGGUUUACCAUGCAAGAAAUCUUAAGACUGGAAUGAGUUUUGCCAUUAAGAUAAUUGAUAAGGAGAAGAUCUUGAAGGUCGGGAUGAUUGAUCAAAUUAAACGAGAAAUCUCGGUAAUGAGACUUGUUAGGCACCCAAAUAUUGUUCAACUUUAUGAAGUCAUGGCCACCAAAAAAAGGAUAUAUUUUGUCAUGGAAUACAUAAAAGGUGGUGAACUCUUUAACAAGAUUGUCAAAGGGAAAUUGAAGGAAGAUGUUGUAAGGAAAUAUUUUCAACAGCUGAUAAGUGCAGUUGAUUUCUGCCAUAGCAGAGGUGUUUAUCACAGGGAUCUUAAACCUGAGAACCUGCUUUUGGAUGAAAAUGGAAACCUAAAAGUCUCGGAUUUUGGAUUGAGCGCUCUUGCGGAAUCCAAGCGCCAGGACGGUUUACUUCACACAACAUGUGGGACACCUGCCUAUGUUGCUCCUGAAGUGAUUAACAGGAGAGGCUAUGAUGGUGCCAAAGCUGAUAUAUGGUCAUGUGGGGUUAUCUUGUUUGUUCUAUUGGCUGGAUAUCUCCCAUUCCAUGAUUCAAAUUUGAUGGAGAUGUAUAAAAAAAUUGGCAAGGCAGAGUUCAAAUUUCCUAACUGGAUCCCUCCUGAUGUUCGCAGGCUGAUUUCAAAAAUACUGGAUCCAAACCCGAAAACCAGGAUUUCCAUAUCCAAAAUCAUGGAAAAUUCUUGGUUCCGUAAAGGUUUCCAACCCAAAGUCACGAAAAGUAGUGCUGAUUCUAUGAUUCGAGACAUGGAUAUAAAAGAGGCAGUAGUUGAUGCUGAUGCAAUGUUUAGUAUUGACGAGAACACGAACACUACAGGCGUGAAAUCAGAAUUUGCAAAGCCUACAAACCUGAAUGCAUUUGAUAUCAUCUCCCUUUCAGCCGGUUUUGACCUGUCAGGCUUGUUCGAGGAAAAUGACCAAAAGAAUGAAGUUCGCUUUACAUCUAAGCAACCUUCCAAGACUAUCAUCUCCAAGUUAGAGCAAGUAGCAAAGAGUCUGAAGUUGAAAGUAUUGAAGAAGGACGGAGGAUUAUUAAAAUUUGAAGGAUCAAAGGCAGGCCGAAAGGGUAUGUUGUCUAUUGAUGCAGAAAUCUUUGAGGUUACUCCAAGUUUCCAUUUAGUCGAGAUGAAGAAAUCCAAUGGUGACACACUAGAAUAUCAGAAGAUGAUGAAGCAGGACAUAAGACCAUCACUGAAAGACAUUGUUUGGACAUGGCAAGGUGAUCGUCCACAAUCCCUGCAGCAACAAGAACAACCAGAUGUACAGCCGUUGACGCAAUUGGAUGUUGUUGAGCCUCAAAAUUGAUUACCAAAAGAACAUAUUCGGGGAAUGAUUUUAAUUAGUCUUCUUAUAGACAGUCUAAUUUACAGAAGUGUGGUGUUUCUGAUGAUUAUUUUGAGUACUAAAUGACUUGUUUCCGUAUAUUCAUUCCCGUAUCCUUUUUUUUCUCAA